AAUGACUUUCGUUAACAAGCUGAGCAAAAGCUUCCGCUGGCUGCGCUGCUCGACAUUGUGCGCAAUUUUGUUUUAUAUGUUCUUCAUUGGCCUGAUCCUGCACAGCACCAGCACCAAGUUGCAGCAGCAGCUAAAGGAGCACAGCACCACCAGCAGCAGCAGCAGUAGCAGCAGCAGUAGCAGUAGUGAGCCGCCCAGUUCGCUGUCAGAAACCAAAGUGGCAAGCAACAUGGGGCAUAAUGGCCUAAUCCAAAGCCAAAAUACACGAGAAAUGGAGCAAAGGCUGAAGUCGCCGCCUGGGGCAAACAGUUUGGAUUUUGGUGGGAAUGGACAUAACCGGCGAAAAGUGCUGGAGGGGAUCUCCUCCGACAAUGCCAGCAAAUCCCCUCGAAAUCCUCCGGCCCAGUCCAAGCACCAGCCCCAGCCAGAAACGGUUAUUUUAGCGGCCAGCAAUGUGAAUGAGAAGCAAAUACUCGCAAAAGCUUUCAAACGGGCUGAUCGCAAUCAUGAUGGAAUCCUGUCCAUCCAAGAGCUGGGUCAGUAUAUUAAUCGCAGGAUCGUGGAGCACAUCGACGAGGCGAUCCUGAAUAAUGCCCGAGAAUUCCGGCGAGUGGAUAUUGGACCCGCCGAUGGCCUGAUCACCUGGGACGAGUACCAUCGGUUUUUCCUGCGAGAUCACGGCAUGACGGAGGCAGAUAUCGACGAGCACGACGAGAUCAGGCACACAGCUCUCAACAGGCGGGCCAGGGAGGACAUGAUGCGUGACAAGGCCCGGUGGUCAGAGGCGGCGCGAACCGAUCUCUUCACGCUGACCAUUGACGAGUACUUGAGUUUCCGGCAUCCGGAGUCCAGUGUCUCGAACUUGCUGGAGCUGGUGGACGACCUGUUGCGCCAGUUCGACCAGGACGGGGACGAUCAACUAACGCUGGAGGAGUUCUCGGAUCUAAACGUGGACGACGAUGAUGAUUUGCUGCGCAAGUCAUUGAUUUCCAAGACGUUAGUGGAGCGACGGGAGGAGUUCAAGCGGAUCAUUGACAAGAACCACGACGGCAAGGCCGAUCGAGGGGAACUCCUGAACUACGUGAAUCCCAAGACGCCACGCUACGCUCUCCAGGAAGCGGCCACUCUAUUUAGUCUGUGUGAUGAGAACAAGGACGAACUGCUGACUCUUAAGGAGAUGACUGACAAUGCUGAGAUCUUUCUGCAAUCCAAAAUGAUCGACACGGCCAACAGUUUUCAUACGGAAUUUUAAUUUAAUCGUAGCACUUGCCACACUUUUUUCACCCCUUUUAAGCAUUUAUAGUGAUAUUAAUUUGUAAGUUGUUGCACCUUAUAUAUAGUUCGUUCCGUAGCCUUUUAUUAUGGUUUUUAAUGUGCAUUUUGUAACAGCUAGGAUGAGAUGUAAAUCGUGAGGAGAGAAAAUCAUUCCCAGUGUGAUUUUUCAAUAAUUAACUCUUAAGAAUGCAAAGCAAACAAACAUUUGACACAAAUACUCCGAAUAAAUAUACGUAAUUUUAUGGAACUCUAAA